AUGUUCAUGCCCUCCAAGAAGGACCUCAAGACUGCCCUGGAGGUCUUUGCUAUUUUCCAGUGGGCCCUCAGUGCCUUCCUUAUUGCAACCACUGUGAUCUUUGUCAACCUCUACCUGGUGGUAUUCACGUCAUAUUGGCCUGUCACUGUGCUCAUUCUCACUUGGCUGGCUUUUGACUGGAAGACUCCUGAACGAGGAGGUCGCAGGUUUAACUGUGUGAGGAAGUGGCGUCUAUGGAAACAUUAUGGCGAUUAUUUCCCACUAAAACUUUUGAAGACUCAUGAUAUUCCCCCCAGCCACAACUACAUCCUUGCCUGCCACCCUCAUGGGGUCCUGGCUCAUUCAUGGUUUGGGCACUUUGGCACCGAAAGUUCAGGCUUCUCCAAGGUCUUUCCUGGCAUCACCCCUUAUUUGCUCACACUCGGAGCCUUUUUCUGGGUGCCUUUCCUCAGGGAAUAUGUAAUGUCUACAGGAACCUGCUCUGUGAGUCAAUCUUCCAUAGAUUUUUUGCUUACUCGUAAGGGCACAGGCAAAAUGCUCAUCGUGGUGGUUGGUGGCCUAGCUGAGUGCAGAUAUGGCAUACCAGACUCUUUUACCCUGGUCUUGAAGAACCGGAAUGGUUUUGUGCGCAUGGCCUUACGGCAUGGUGUCUCUCUAAUCCCUGCCUAUUCCUUUGGGGAAGAAAAUCUCUAUAAACAGCACAUUUUCACUCCUGGAGGCUUCAUCAAUCGUUUUCAGAAGUGGUUCCAGCGGGUAGUGCACAUCUACCCUUGUGCUUUCUAUGGGCGUGGCUUCACCAAGAACUCCUGGGGCUUUCUGCCCUAUUCUCAGCCUGUAACCACCAUUGUUGGCGAGCCUCUACCACUGCCCAAGAUUGAGAACCCAAGCAAGGAGACUGUGGCAAAAUACCAUGCACUUUAUAUUGAUGCUCUACGCAAACUGUUUGACCAACAUAAGACCAAGUUUGGCAUCUCAGAGACCCAGGAGCUGGUGAUAGUUUGA